AUGGAAAUUCAAGACAACCAUGUGCUGAGGGGCAGAGCUUCCAACAGUGCAGUAGAUCACCAGGAGGAUUCAGUGUCUACGGCGAAUUUAGAAGAUGUUUCCUUUUCUGCUGACAGACUCUCUAACCUUGUCAUUGCAAUGGCAAAUACAGAGAAUAAUGAAAAGUCAGAUGGCCCUGACCCAUGUUCUGCUGUUCUUGGAAAGACUAGCCAUAAAUCUGUUGAACUGGAAGAGAAGGGUAGGACAACAGGAGAAGGAAAAAUGCCAUCACAGAAAUGUUUUGGCCAAGAUGAAUUUGCAAAUAAUUUAAGCAAAGAGAUACUAAUUUGUGGCAAUAAUGAGGUUUCAGUCAUGGUGGUCUCAGUUAUGAAGACUGUAGAAGGUCAGGCAAAUGACUCAAAUAUAGCUUGUAUUGUGCUGAACUUGUUACUGAAACACUCUAAGGCCAUGGUUUCAGACUCCUGUAUGAAAAACUUACAUGAUAUAUCAGGCAAGCUCUUGACUAAUUCAGAUUCUUCUUCAGUGAAGCUGAUUCUGUUCAUCCUAGGCAGUCGUAAGGCUGCAGAAAUUUGCAAAAACCUGGAGGAGAUAACGCCCAGCAUAUGCCUCUGUGUAGACAGGUUCAAAAACAGAUGCAAAGGCUCAGAAUUGAAGUCUGCAGCAACAAGGACUGAAACAUUGCCAAACAAAAAAGAAAUGACCUGUGCAGAUGCAGUGGGUAACCACAUCAUUAAGCAAGGGUUUACCCUCUGGCAUGAAAACCAAAACCGAUACAUCCAAUGCUCAAAAUCACAACCAAGAAGGGAACACCAAACAAUCCUGGAUAUCUGGAUAUCUGGACUGGCUAAAAUGCUUACUGAUCAACUCGAUCUGAGCAGAGAAGACAGCAUCAGCGCACAAUUUAUUGGCAGCCUGGUGGAUACAGCACUAAAGCUGUGUCGUAUGAUAGUUAAAUACAGCAACCCUGAGUCACUUCUGGCAGAUAAAGGUGCUGUAUCAGGACACAGGGUGGUAGUGGUGAAUCAGAAUCCUUCUGAAAACAUGUGUAAGCUCUGAGCCCUCUUGCAGUGGGUGAUUGCCUCUCAGGCAGAUGUGCCUGUGCUUCAGAAACUAUCAUCGGUAGCAGUGGAGAAGCGAUACAACGUAGGAGAAAUUGCACAAGCAAUACUGAAAUAAAAGAAGGCAAGGCAGUCUGGCGGGGCUGUAGGCAACUCUGUUCAGUUUCCAGUCUUGAACUGGCUGCUUAAUAACUCGUGA